GAACAACUCAAUCUCAAACUCCCAUCGGCCGCCCCAUCGGCCCCGAACAUGCAGUCCCAUCCCGUAAACGCGACCCAGGCCAAGGACCGCCACUAAUGCAGCUCUCAAACUCACUCGCCCGUCUCUCGCAGACAGUGGCCACACCGCCGACCUCUGCGACCUCCUCAAGUCCAACCUGGACGCGAUGCGCACGCUCGCAUCGUCUCACGCUGCACAGUUCAUGACCGUCGCUGCAGAACUCACCGCAGAGCCAGACGCACCUCAGAAAAGUCGGCCUGACGCAGGUAGGUCAGUUGAUCGAAUGGUUCGCAUGCUAAGCCACCUAAACGCGGGAAUUACCAGCGCUUCCGCCUUGGUACAAAUGCACUCGGGUUUACGUACGCCGGAACACGCACACGGGACGAUCGCAAGUAUCCGCGAGCGGAGGGGGGUAUCAUCUACGCACUCCGGUGAGGUACGCGCGCGCAGGCUCGUACAUAAGAUGCACUCUACCACAGAGCUCACGAAGGGUCUCCGUCAUCCUGCGUGGCUUGCACCAUAGCACUGCCGUAUAUUGCUGUUGCAAUGGUAUGGAUGCUUUGGAUGUACCUCA